AGACAUAAAAGCAAUAGAUUAAUGAAGUAGGAUGAAAAGGCGUGCGUGCUCAUCCCUUUAGGGCUAAUAGGCAUAAAGGGUGAAAGAAGAAUGGUGCUUUCGGAGGAGGAAAUCGGUCGUCUAUACCGAAUAAGGAAGACGGUGAUGCAGAUGCUGAGGGACAGAAAUUUUCUGGUUGGUGACUUCGAGAUCAACAUGUCCAAGCACGAGUUCAAGUCCAAGUACGGCGAACACAUGAAGCGCGAGGACCUCGUCAUCAACAAAUCCAAGAAGGACAACUCCGGCGACCAGAUCUACGUUUUCUUCCCCGACGAACCCAAGGUCGGCGUCAAGACCAUGAAGACCUACACCAACCGCAUGAACUCCGAAAACGUCUACAGAGCCAUCCUCGUCACCCAGACCAACCUCACCCCCUUCGCCAGAACCUGCAUCAGCGAAAUCUCCUCCAAAUUCCACUUAGAAGUCUUCCAGGAGGCGGAGCUGCUGGUUAACAUUAAAGAGCACGAGCUUGUUCCCGAACAUCAGGUUCUCACUGACGCCGAGAAGAAAACCUUGCUUGAGAGAUACACCGUCAAGGAAACUCAGUUACCUAGGAUUCAGGUCACAGAUCCUGUUGCGAGAUAUUAUGGAUUGAAGCGUGGACAAGUUGUCAAGAUUAUCCGGCCAAGUGAAACUGCUGGCAGAUAUGUUACGUACCGAUUUGUUGUAUAGGAAUUUGCUUUAACAUAUUGGCAAUAUUGCCAGAGUAAUGGAUAGGGAUAUAAAGCCUUCUUUUUUUGCAUGGGGGAACUCUUGAUUUACAAGAAGUGAAAUGUCUGAUUGUUGAAACUUUUGGAAUCAAAACUAUAUAUUUAGAUGAUUAUAUCAUAAAUUGGUUGACAUAUGUUGUUAUGAUUAGUGUCAAUCUGUUAUAUGGAACUUUGUUUCUGUUUAUUAAUA